AUGGCCAUUCCAGUCAUUGAUUUCUCAAAGUUGAAGGGCAAGCAAAGAGCCGAAACUUUGGCACAGAUUGCCAAUGGAUGUGAAGAAUGGGGAUUCUUUCAGCUGGUGAACCAUGGGAUUCCGGUGGAGCUUCUGGAUCGCGUGAAGAAGGUAUGCUCGGAGUGCUAUCGGCUCAGAGCGAAGGGCUUCAAGGGAUCCAAACCAGUGCAGCUGUUGAACAAACUGGUGGAAAAAGAAGGGGAAGAGGCCGAUGGUAAGCGCUUGGAUAACGUGGACUGGGAGGAUGUUUUCCUUCUCCAGGACGACAACGAAUGGCCGUCCAACCCUCCGGAGUUCAGGUACUUCAUUCACGAAGCUCCAAUGCUGCUUGUUCCAUUCCCUGUUCCACAUAAACGAAUGAACAACAUUAGAAAGUCAAUUAUAAUCACUGCUGAAUAG